AUGUCUAAAAUUUUCACUCGGUCCUUUUCUGCUGCCCGCCAGCAGCUUGCAAGAUGGGUGGGGUAUAGCAGACACUCGCUCCCUGAAGAGUACAAGCUGGCUGUCGAGCAUUAUGCUGAUAACGGUGCCGUUAAGUCAAUGGUCGACCUCGAACCCAUCACAUCUAUGUGGAUGGAACCGGCACUUUCAGAAUGGGUGACAAGCGCGAGUACUCAACUGCCGCCUGCCCAAGACAGCCCUAAGCGCCAAGUUAUCGCAUCCUCAAAUGCAAUUCCCUGA